AGAGAUAAGCAAAAAAAAAAAAACCGAAAAAGCAACGACUAACAGCUUCACUCACAAAACCAACUCUAUCUCAUGACCACACACAAACCUAAGAUCCCAUUCCCAUCUUGUCUUCCCACACGCUUCUGAGUCCUAUCUAUCUCUGUAUAUAUACUCAAUCCAACCAAUUACUUCAAUCUCUCUCUCAUUUAUCUCUCCGUAAAAAUCUAAGCUUUGAUCCGUUCUCUCUCUUUGUCCCUCUCUUUCUCUUUCUAUUCUUCCUCCUUGGAUCUCUCCUAGCCUUUGUGGCAGCUUAGGGGUUUGCUUUGGUGAUUUGUUGAUAAGUGAAAAGAGCGCCAUGGCAGGAGGAUGUGAGGAGAGGGAGAGGAGGAUGAUGAUGAUGGAGUCUGUGGUUUGCCCAAAGCCAAGGAAAUUACUACUUUUAAAUCCUUCUCUUUGUGAACAAAUCAGACCUCUUAGAUUGUCUGUCAAUCACCAUGCGGAGAUGGCAGAUUCAAAAGCUCGGGCAGAGCUGCUUGACAUAAUUCUUACUAAGGGAGGUAAUGGUGGGGACAAACCUGCUUUCCAAGUGGCAUCAUCGCCACCAUUUUACUGUGGUUCGCCACCAAGCAGGGCAUCAAACCCUGUAAUCCAAGAUGUGCAAUUUGGUAAUGAAAAAAUAACCCCUCUAUCUCCUGCACCACCAUCACCAUCUCCAUCGUCAUCAUCGGCACGUAAAGGAGGAAGUUGUGUCCGAAUGAAAUUUGGGGACAUGCCAGCUGUGGUGAGGAUCGAAGGGUUUGAUUGUCGCAGCAGAGAUCAGCGAAACUGUAGCAUCUCUGCUGUGGCUUGAACAUUGAAUUAAUGAAACCAUUAAUUGUAACAACUGCAGCGAAUUUUUUAUUAUAUGAGAGGGAGAGAGAGCUAAUGGUAGUGGUGUAGUUGUACUGCUGGUGUUUUUUGGUCAGUGUAUAUACAAGGUUAAUGGGUGUUCUAUGUUGAGGUUGUCAUUGUUUUUCACUCUCAUGGAUAUGUACAUUGUAAUGAAGUUGACGAGACAAAAAUGUUUGAAUUUUUGAAGGAAUAAAAGAGGGAGAUGCAACCGUGUCUCUGUGUAGCUUUUGUUUAUUGAUAAAA